UGCCAGCAGCUAUUAUAACUCCAGCUCCGGCCCGGGCGUGGUCCAAGCUAGUCUGAGACAUCCAUCCAGGCAUCCAGCCAAGAGAGAGAUCGCGGUUGGCCGAUCGAGAGGGAGAUGGAGAGGCUGUUCGCGACGGAGAUAAUCGGGGGCAGGGCGCUGUACAAGCUCCACGCCGUGACGGUGGCCGUGGGGAUAUGCCUGGUGCUCUACUACAGGGCGACGCGGGUGCCGGAGCAAGGCCAAGGCAGGGCGGCGUGGCUGGGGAUGCUGGCCGCCGAGCUCUGCUACGCCGCCUACUGGGUCGUCACGCAGUCCGUCCGCUGGUGCCCCGUCCGCCGCAUCCCCUUCAGGGACAGGCUCGCCGCAAGGUAUGGAGAAAGGCUACCUUGUGUGGAUAUCUUUGUAUGCACUGCAGACCCACACUCAGAGCCGCCAAGCCUCGUCAUAUCCACCGUCCUGUCGCUCAUGGCAUACAAUUACCCAACUGAAAAAAUAAGUGUGUACCUUUCUGAUGACGGAGGCUCAAUCCUCACUUUCUAUGCUUUGUGGGAAGCCUCUUUAUUUGCAAAGCACUGGCUACCAUUCUGCAAGCGAUACAACAUUGAGCCAAGGUCACCAGCUGCUUACUUCUCAGAAUCAGAUGGGCAUCAAGAUUUAUGCACUACAAAAGAAUGGUCACUUAUCAAGGAUAUGUAUGAAGAAAUGACUGAGCGAAUUGAUACAGUUGUCGAGUCAGGAAAAAUUGCUGAAGAAAUCAAAGAAAAACAUAAAGGAUUUGGUGAAUGGAGUCCAGAAAUUACCUCAAAAAACCACCAGCCAAUUGUUCAGAUUCUGGUAAAUAGCAAAGACGGAAAUGCAGUUGAUAAUGAUGGAAAUGUGCUACCAACACUUGUGUACAUGGCGCGUGAGAAGAGGCCCCAGCACCACCAUAACUUCAAAGCUGGGGCAAUGAAUGCUCUGAUAAGGGUAUCAUCAGUGAUAAGCAACAGCCCUAUCAUCAUGAAUGUGGACUGUGAUAUGUAUUCUAACAGUAGUGAUACGAUCACAGAUGCACUGUGCUUCUUCCUUGAUGAAGAAAUGGGUCACAAGAUCGGAUUUGUGCAGUACCCUCAGAACUAUAACAAUAUGACCAAGAAUAAUAUAUAUGGGAACUCCCUCCAAGUCAUCAAUAAGGUGGAGCUGAAUGGUUUGGACAGUGUAGGUGGCCCUCUGUACAUUGGCACUGGAUGCUUUCACAGAAGGGAGAUCCUUUGCGGCAGAAAGUUCACCGAAGACUACAGGGAAGACUGGAAUGGAGGAAUCAAGGAUAAAAUGCAAGCCCACGCAGAUGAAAUUGAAGAGAAAGCAAAGUCUUUAGCAGCCUGCACGUAUGAACAUGACACACAGUGGGGAGAUGAGAUUGGGCUGAAAUAUGGUUGCCCAGUGGAGGAUGUAAUCACCGGAUUGGCAAUACAUUGCAGAGGAUGGGGGUCAGUCUGCAACAAUCCUACAAGACCAGCGUUUGUGGGUGUAGGUCCAACAACACUUGCUCAGACACUACUGCAACACAAGAGAUGGAGCGAGGGUAAUUUCUCGAUUUUUCUUUCGAAAUACUGCCCCUUCUUGUUUGGUCAUGGAAAAAUCACGCUACAGCACCAGAUGGGCUACUGUAUCUAUGGAUUAUGGGCACCCAAUUCACUCCCUACAUUAUAUUAUCUUAUCAUCCCUCCACUAGCCCUGUUCAAAGGCACCCCCCUGUUCCCAGAGAUUACGAGUCCAUGGAUCAUACCUUUCAUAUCUGUCUUCUGCGUGAAGAACUUGUACAGCCUAUGUGAGUCAUUAUUAUGUGGAGACACAUUGAAAGGAUGGUGGAAUGGACAAAGGAUGUGGAUGGUUAAAAGAAUAACCUCAUAUCUUUAUGGUGUCAUUGACACUGUCCGGAAGUUAAUAGGACUGUCAAAGAUGUCAUUUGCAGUUUCAUCAAAGGUAAGUGAUGAAGAUGAAUCCAAGAGGUACGAGCAAGAAAUCAUGGAAUUCGGGUCAUCAGAUCCAGAAUAUGUGAUCAUAGCAACUAUUGCGUUACUCAACCUUGUCUGUCUGGCGGGAGGACUAAGUCAAAUGAUGACUGGUGAACGGGGUAUACGCUUCAAUGUAUUUUGCCCCCAGCUCAUUCUAUGCGGGAUGCUAGUGAUCACCAGUGUCCCAUUCUAUGAAGCAAUGUUCCUAAGAAAGGACAAAGGUAGAAUACCAUUCUCAGUAACAUUAGCUUCCAUUGGCUUUGUGAUGUUGACCUUCCUAGUACCAAUAGUUUAAGGUCCAACAGGAGCCAGGAAGCAUUGAUGUCUAAUAAUGUAGUAAAUAUACUUUUAUGGUUCUCUCGAAAUAUAUGUCAUCUGUUAAAUUCCAUAUGUACUUCUAUGUACUAGAGGCUGAGGCCGUGCCUCUUGAUUGUACAUUUUUCACGCAUUUCA